GGGUUUGUUUUUGUAGGUCCUUUUCUUCUCUUGUGUUUCCCACUUAGAGAAGUUCCUUUAGCAUUUGUUGUAGAGCUGGUUUGGUGGUGCUGAAUUCUCUUAGCUUUUGCUUGUCUGUAAAGCUUUUGAUUUCUCCAUCAAAUCUAAAUGAGAUCCUUGCUGGGUAGAGUAAUCUUGGUUGUAGGUUCUUCCCUUUCAUCACUUUAAGUAUAUCAUGCCACUCCCUUCUGGCUUGCAGAGUUUCUGCUGAGAAAUCAGCUGUUAACCUUAUGGGAGUUCCCUUGUAUGUUAUUUGUCGUUUUUCCCUUGCUGCUUUCAGUACUUUUUCUUUGUCUUUAAUUUUUGCCACUUUGAUUACUAUGUGUCUCGGCGUGUUUCUCCUUGGGUUUAUUCUGUAUGGGACUCUCUGCGCUUCCUGGACUUGGGUGGCUAUUUCCUUUCCCAUGUUAGGGAAGUUUUUGACUAUAAUCUCUUCAAAUAUUUUCUCUGGUCCUUUCUCUCUCUCUUCUCCUUCUGGGACCCCUAUAAUGCGAAUGUUGUUGCGUUUAAUGUUGUCGCAGAGGUCUCUUAGGCUGUCUUCAUUUCUUUUCAUUCUUUUUUCUUUAGUCUGUUCCACAGCAGUGAAUUCCACCAUUCUGUCUUCCAGGUCACUUAUCCGUUCUUCUGCCUCAGUUAUUCUGCUAUUGAUUCCUUCUAGUGUAUUUUUCAUUUCAGUUAUUGUAUUGGUCAUCUGUGUUUGUUUGUUCUUUAAUUCUUCUAGGUCUUUGUUAAUCAUUUCUUGCAUCUUCUCAAUCUUUGCCUCCAUUCUUAUUCCGAGGUCCUGGAUCAUCUUCACUAUCAUUAUUCUGAAUUCUUUUUCUGGAAGGUUGCCUAUCUCCACUUCAUUUAGUUGUUUUUCUGGGGUUUUUUCUUGUUCCUUCAUCUGGUACAUAGCCCUCUGACUUUUCAUCUUCUCUGUCUUUCUGUAACUGUGGUUUUUGGUCCACAGGCUGCAGGAUUGUAGUUUUUCUUGCUUCUGUUGUCUGCCCUCUGGUGGUUGAGGCUAUCUAAGAGGCUUGAUGGGAGGCUAUGGUGGUGGGUAGAGCUGACUGUUGCUGUGGCGGUCAGAGCUCAGUAAAACCUUAAUCCACUUGACUGUUGAUGGGUGGGGCUGGGUUCCCUCCCUGUUGGUGUGGCAGUCAGAGCUCAGUAAAACCUUAAUCCACUUGACUGUUGAUGGGUGGGGCUGGGUUCCCUCCCUGUUGGUUGUUUUGCCUGAGGCAACCCAACACUGGAGCCUACCCGUGCUCUUUGGUGGGGUUAAUGGCAGACUCUGGGAGGGCUCACGCCAAGGAGAACUUCCCAGGACCUCUGCUGCCAGUGUCCUUAUCCCCACGGUGAAACAGAGCCACCACUUGCCCCUGCAGGAGACCCCCCCAACACCAGCAGGUACGUCUGGUUCAGUCUCCCCCAGGGUCACUGCUCCUUCCCCUGGGUCCCGAUGCACACAUUACUUUGUGUGUGCCCUCCAAGAGUGGGGUCUCUGUUUCCCCCAGUCCUGUCACAGUCCUGCAAUCAAUUCCCACUAGACUUCAAAGUCUGAUUCUCUAGGAAUUCCUCCUCCCGUUGCCGGACCCCCAGGUUGGGAAGCCUGACGUGGGGCUCAGAACCUUCACUCCAGUGGGUGGACUUCUGUGGUAUAAGUGUUCGCCAGUCUGUGAGUCACCCACCCAGCAGUUAUGGGAUUUGAUUUUACUCUGAUUGCGCCCCUCCUACCGUCUCACUGUGGCUUCUCCUCUGUCCUUGGACGUGGGGUAUCCUCCUUGGUGAAGUCCAGGGUCUUCCUGUCAAUGAUUGUCCAGCAGCCAGUUGUGAUUCUGGUGCUCUCGCAAGAGGGAGUGAGAGCACGUCCUUCUACUCCGCCAUCUUGGUUCACCCUCAUGAAACAUUUUUAUCAUGACUGUUUUAAAGUCAUUAUCAGAUCAUCCUGACAACUCUGUCAUCUUAGUACUGGCAUUUGUUAAUUGUUUUUUUUCUUUUUUUUUUCCAUUGUUUGAUAUUUUCUGGUUAUUGGUAUGACAAGUGAAACAUGAACAGUUUCAUAUUAUGCUGUUAUAGUUUAUGCUUUAUUUAAACUUUCUGUUUGAAUUGGCUUUCUCUGACAGUCUUCCAACAAGGGCAGGGGGGCACUGCUGCCUCAUUACUGUCAGGUGGAAGUACAAGUCCAGGGUCCCCACGGGGCCUCCACUGACACUGAGGUGGGGUUAUUUUCAUUUCUUCUUGUUGUUGGUGAGAGUCCUACUCUUGUCUGAGCCUCCCCUAACACAGCCUAACCAUAGGCAGGGGAGAGUGUCUCUCCCUGCAGGAGAUUGGAAGUUAGGUCUCUCCACAUGGUCUUCACUAACACCACAGUGGGAGCCACUUGUUACUACCCAACAGAGAUACAAGUUCUGGCUCCCUUCUCUGACAGCUCCCACAGGGGUAUUGGGGAGCCUUGUUAUGGCCUCGUGAAGGCUAGAGUCUGGGUCCCCCUCUCAGCCUUUGCUAGUGUGGAGGGGACAGGCCCAGGUUUUUCUGUGGUUUGGCUGCAGUAGAGACCUUUGCUGGGCUGCCCCCUUUCCUGUCCCUUUGGCUACAGAGAGCAGACUUUUGUCAGAGCUUUUCUGUCUCGCCUGUUGGCAUUUCCAGUUUGCCAGCUGCAUCAGUUCCAAGUUAGGAAAUUCCAGGAACUUGUUUCAUGUCAUUUCUCAGAUCCCUCGCUGGUCUGCCUUUUCUCUCCAUUUUUCAGCAUCAUCUUAUGUUUGUCUUAUACAUGAUGUCCAGGAUUUUUGGUUAUACCCAGUGAGAAAAAUAGGGAAAAUAUGUCUAUUUUCUCAGAAGCAGAAGUGUUGCAUGUACUUUUAAAUAAUACACUUAAUUUAAGAAAUAUAUCCUGCCCCCCAUUAACUCAAUUUAGGAGAUCUUACUGAAGAUUAAUCUGCAUGACUCAGAGUUCUCCCCUGGGUUAUGUGGAGUCAGUAACCCAGUAUUCCUUUUGAUGGCAAAGUAAUGGCAGAGUGGUGGCCAGUCAAAUCAGAGAUGCCACUGAUGGUGAGAUGCACCAAUAUUUCAUUUAUUUUUCAGAAAGAGAAAAGUACUUUGAAUAAACUAAUAUGCCAUCUGUAUAGUAAGAUGCAUGCUGAUUUCUCAGAGGUCAAAAUAUGGCAAGAGUUUGCUUCGUGGAACAGAAUCAGUAUGGUAGUUAUGUGGAAAGGUUUGCAGAGUGAAGUGCAAACGAUAAUAUAUUAAUGUUCAAACAUGUUUUAUUUAUUUGCCAUGUUCAGUUUAACAAGUGGAUGUUGGUCAGCUUACAAAAGCAAGCAUUCCUUUUCUGAGAAUGUUGACAAGACCCUUUAAACCCCAAUUUGGUGGGUCUUUCUUCCUUGCAGAGAUAAAGCUGCCUGCUUUGCUAUUCAGAAGGGAUUACAGGCAUCACGUAGUGACAUUAAGCUAUUUAACCAUAAUGAUAUGGAUGACCUGCAGCGACUAUUGAAAGAACAAGAGAUUGAAGAUCAAAAGAAUCCUCGCAAGGCUCGUGUAACUCGACGUUUCAUUGUAGUCGAGGGGUUAUAUAUGAAUACUGGAACUAUUUGCCCUCUUCCAGAAUUGGUUAAGUUAAAAUACAGAUAUAAAGCAAGGAUCUUUCUGGAGGAAAGCCUUUCGUUUGGAGUCCUGGGGGAGCAUGGCCGAGGAGUCACUGAACAUUUUGGAAUCGAUAUUGAUGAUAUUGAUCUUAUCAGUGCCAACAUGGAGAAUUCACUUGCUUCUAUUGGGGGUUUCUGCUGUGGCAGGUCUUUCGUAAUUGACCAUCAGCGACUUUCCGGCCAGGGAUACUGCUUUUCAGCUUCAUUACCUCCCCUCUUAGCUGCUGCUGCAAUUGAGGCCCUCAACAUCAUGGAAGAAAAUCCAGGUAUUUUUGCAGUGUUGAAGGAAAAGUGCAAACGAAUUCAUAAAGCUUUACAAGGGUGAGUUUUAUAUAUUUUCAACCAACUCAAAAGUUUAUCUGCACAACAUUUAAACAACUUGUGAAAAAUUUUGAGUGUCACCUCUUUGGUUUUCAGUGCAUUUAAUAGGCUUGAGUCAGUGUGUCUAAAUUGCAACUAAGAAACCAAAAACACAGUUCAUUCAAAUUUGUCUCUGUGUGUGAAGCCAGAGCAUCCAUUUUGUCAUUGUUUUAAAAAAUCAUAACUUUGUUUUUCUAAAAAUGAUACAAGCUCAUUGGUAAAAUAUUACAGUAGUACAGAAGAUAACAAAGAUGAAAAGAAAUAACAACAUGCUGCCACCAGAAAUAACCAGCAUAAACACUGGAGAAUUCCCACACAUCUGUACGGGUAAAAGGAUGUAAUUAGAUGACAGUGGGUUCAUACUGUCCAUGCUGCUUUGUAGAAGAUUACUCAUUUUUUUAAGUUACUUCAAGAAAAAGAAACAAGUGAAAUCAAAGUGAACCUUACGAGUGUUCUGUCUACUUUUGUCUUAACUACACAAGAGUAGUUCUUUAAGAUUCCUCUAGAAUUGAGAAAAACAUUGAGGCUAGUGACAUCUUCAGGCAGAUUUCUUAUCUUACAGAAAAUGAUCUCACCUUGCCUGUGGUUUCUUUUUGCCUUUCCAAGUUGAAACCUGCCUUCUCAGUCGUGGAAGUCCUAUCCCUAUUGCCAGAUAUGGAAACUAGAAACUUUUCUAAAAAGGACAGUUAAUAAAUAAGCGGGUCACAGAUGUUCCAGAUAAAGUAGGGGGAGAAAUAAUUGAAGUCUGGGUCUGACUUAUGAUCCUAACAAAAGUUCUUGCAUGAUUUGUGGUAGAGAGAUAUUAUUGUUUCCAGUUACAUUAGCUUAUGAAAUCUUAAUAAACCAGCUCAGCCUAGCACAUUGGAGUCACUGUCAAUUCAUGAACACCUACCUCAGGUGCCCUUUAUUCUAUGAGUGUUAAUGUGUUUAUUUUUUAAGUCCAGUCCUCUACUUUUCCCAGCUCUCUCUCACUUUUUCUUCUCUCCAAAAUCCCUAACCAUCUGUCUCACUCCACCCGCUUUUAGCUGACAGCCUUGCCUCAUGCUGUCACUUGGGAACUCCCUCAUUUUCCCUCACAAACCUGUACACCUGCGGGUAUCCGAACCAGUCUUCCCUCGUGUUAUAGCCAAAGAAACGUUCCUCCAUCCAUCACAGCUCUCCUUUCUUAAGGACCGAGUGCCUUUGGUUGUCUCCUCUCCUUUCUCUUCAGUCUCUCCCCUUUCCUGAGUCAUUUGAUUAGCAUUCAAGUACACUCUGCCCUAUCUUGUCUUAAAUUCUUCUUUCCCGUGACCCCAUACUCCCCUCUAGCAACUAGCCCAUUGCUCUGCUUCUCUUUGUAGCCAGUCUUUUUCCAGAGUUGUUUAUGCCCUCUCCACAUCCUCACCUCUCAUGUACACUUGAAACUACUGAAACCCACCUCUACUCCUGCACCCUACCCAGUGUUCCUGUGACUACCGAGGGAUGACUGUAUUUUCUGAUGUUAAAACAUCCUUGCUUUCCUGAGUAAACCCCUCCUUGAUUACAGUAUAUUUUUCUGCACUGUUAGUUAGGAUUUUGAAUUUUUAUAUCCAUAUUUAUAAUUUAAAUGAGCCUAUAAUCUUUUGUUACAACAACCUAAUAUAACCUAGGAAUCAAUGUUGUGGUAGCCUCAAUAAAGUAUUGAGCAAUUUUUCCACUUCCCUGCAUUAUGAAGCCAUUGUAUAAGACCAGGCUUGAUUAUUUGUUUCUUCAAAGUUGAGCAGGACUCCUCUGUAAGACUCUCUAGACUUGGGGCCUUUGGGCUGGGUGUAGUCUGUGAUUCUCUCUCUUGUGUCUGUAUUAUUUCCCCUUUUUAUUUUCUGUUUCUGUCGUUUUCAUUCUUAUGAUAAUCUUUCCAGGAUUUUGCCCAGCACGUUUUUUUAAGUUUGAUUUUGUUUGUUACUCAUAUUUUGUUUUCUUUGAUUGAUUUUUUUCCCUUAUUUUUCUGCUUUCUUGUUUCAUUGAAUUGUGUUUUUUUACUCUUUUUUAGCUUUUUACAUUUAGGUUAUUGGUGUUAUUAUUUUCCAAUAAAUAGCUUAAAGAUAAACAUUUCAAAGGCAGUAAGUAUUUUCAGUGUUCAGUUCUAAGUAAUUUUUUUUAGUCUCCUCUAAUCAGUGAUUUGCUUCUCUCAUCUCUGAGGUUGCAUUUGGGAGAGGAAGUCAGCGGCCUAUGCUACUUUGGGUCCUUGCUGGAAUCUUGAAGAGCCCCUAAAUUAUAACAGAUAAUUAUUCAUGUCCAGCACUUUCCCCACACUAAGCACGUGAUGGAGACCACGUCUGAAUUGUUGAUUGUUCUAUCCCUAGGACCUAGACCAGUGUUUAGUAUUUCCAUUUGGUAAAAUGGGUAAAGUAAUAUGGUAAAUAAUGUGCUCUCCAGAAGAGUUUUUUUAAGUAUAACAGGCUCUGAAACACAGCUUCUAACUUUCUGAACUCAAGUUAUAAUUCUCUGUCCGUUUGGUUUUAGUUAAACUUUAAUGCGACAUUCAGCAUCCAGGCAGCCAGAAAGAGAGCAUUUUGUUUCAUUCCUUCUCUCACCAACUUGCUCCACCUAACAUGUGAGAUGAGCCCAUUUGAUCGAAUAGUCUUGGAGGGUACACGGCAAGCUCCAGGGCCAC